AAGAAGCUCGAAGUGAAUUGUUGUAAGGAGAGCUGUAUGGGAAAUAAAUACUUUUGUUCCACUGCACUUGCCUUCGUCCCUCUCACUGUGUUUCCAGCCGCUAAGGGCUGCCCUGUUACAAGAAUACACAUGCUGAAAAUUGAAACAAAUUCUGCCCAGCAACAUGACAUACCAGCGGCGGGAAGGGGGCGCUAUCUUUUCGCGCCACUGAGACAAAGGAGACAAAGAUGGAGGUUACGUUGCCUAGUAUGUUGUCAGACCUUACACACACAUAUGGCAACUUAGAAUCUGUCAAAGUCCUUGUAACCACCUUUAUAGAUGAGAAAGAGAUUUGUAGAAAAAAUUCUUCAUGUCAGCAGUGCCAAAGACAUCAUAGGUCAAAGCCAAGCUCAGAACAUGGGCUGUGUGCUUGAUAGGUUGCUAAAGUAUAACACUGAUUUCAUGGAAUAUAUUGAUGUUGACAGUGAGGUAGACGUUAAGGACUUUGAUAGAUUCCAUAUCUUCCUGUCAGCCACAGGGCCACCGAUGGAAACCUCUCUUGGGGAGAUUAGACAAAAUCAGGAGCAUUAUUAUGAUCCAGUCUCUCAUUGUGGAUUCCUAAACUGCGCAACCGUAGACAGAAUCUCGACCAGGGGCAGAGACGUUAUAAGAAGCGAAAAGCGACAGAUGACUGUGGUAAGGACAAGAAGCUCAGGUGAGAGGAUGGGAAUACCAGCAGAACAGAUGAGUGGGUCACCCUGAUCAAAAGAUUGCGGCCCUCAGCUGAGAACGUUCCAACUAUCAUGUCAGGCAUGGAGGAAACAUACACCAGUCGCAGAGCCUGGAUUAGCAAGGACUCCCAUACUGCUGCUGAAAUAUUCAGAGAGUACUCACGGUUUUUGGACAUGCCAAGUCUGCUGGACUUGGAGUUUGGCAAGCUCACAGGAGGAAAGAUGGAUCUCUUUUUACGAAAAUGGGAAGCCGGUAUCAUUCGGAAACUCAAAUCAGUAGCUGCCCUGGAAACAAGAAUGUCCUCUCUGUUGAAGGAUUUUGAAGAGAAGACUGAAGAUGAGGCUUGUUACACUGCCCUUGUGGUGUUAACACACCUGCUCCCACUAGUUGGUGCCAGUCGUUGCAGCCUUAAAUCAGCUAUAGCGUACUUGGUUGAUUUUGCACUGCCUGGAACAUGUAUUGCAUCGCUUUGCAGUGAUCCUGAAGCAUCACCCACAACACACCAACCCCAGCUGAUAUGCAUCGGGGAUCUAAAGAGUGCAACCAGGCAGUACGUCAUUGUUGCUAAGAAUGACAAAGUAACCAUUCCUCUGAAUGAUGGCCUGACGUGUGCUGUGGAUAAGCUUUUCAAACUGUACUGGGUAUGUAACUUGUGCUAUCCAGCACCACUUGGCUCCGUCUUCACCUUCUUUGAGUUUGUCUAUGACCUGCCGCUGUCCACCCAAAGGAAAACCAAAGUACUGGAGCUGAUUGCACAUAUUAAAGCAAGCAAGUAAAAUGUUCACCUGUCCAAAAUGUAGAGAGUCUCUGUUCACAGAGGUGAGAAACAUCAUUUGGCAUUUUCGUUAAAUACACUGCUUAUUAGGACUCUGACCAUUUUUAUGCCUAUGCAGUGGAAAGGUCAGACAAUAUAAACUGAUUACAUUGGCUGAAAUUUUUCAUUUUCAGCCUUUAUAUAUGGUGACAAGCUUUGAUGCUAAUAAGCUGUAUUUAAACCCAAGGUACAAAAUUGUAUAACCUGGAUGCUAUAUUCGCCAAAAUGUAUGUUUUUCUGUUUGCAUGCAACUGCACAUUUGUUGAAUGUUGACAAUUUGUUGAAGAUGACAACUGUUACCUUUAAAAAAUUUUAAUUCAUGUAUUGUCUGGACAUGAUUAUAUCAGAACAUAUAUAUAUAUAUAUAUAUCUAAACAUUGCAAUUCACACCACAUUAUGCCAGUCACUGAACAUUUUAAACAACCCAAAAAGACACCAAACUUGUCAACAUUUGUUUUGUCUCUGAAAAUCCCAAAAGCAAUUAAAAAGAAGAUGCUGGUUACAACCAUUAAACUUUUUUUGAGCUAAAUUCCCCCAGUCCUUUUAUCUAUCUAUAGUAGUAUAGAUUAAAGGUUACAUCACUCACAACAGAACAGCAGACAAAAAUAGACAACUUCCAUUUUUCAAAAAAAAGAAAGGACAAAAAAAAAAAGGAAAACAAAAAAGGUCACAGUUUGAACAAAAGAGAUAAAAAGGCCAAAAUCAACUUUUGUGCUGGGGUCUUGUUUGCCUAAGCAAACAUCUUCAAUUUCAUUUGCUGCAUCUUUGUACUGAGCCUUUGUCCAUCCAGAUUCAUUAAAAUCUGACAAAACUCGAAAGUGUACUUGAGGUCAUUUGGAUAGCUCAGAUCAAGUGCAUAAAUCAGUCCAAAGAGGAUGAUGAAUGCCAUGAUGACACUACCGAGGUUGUUCAUAACUGUAGUGCCUUCAAUGACAACUCCAACAUCCUCUGGCUCCUGAACGCCUUCUCUUCUGAUGGUGUAAAUACCCAUGACAGUUGCUGCAGUGGAUCUCAA